AUGCGUGUCAUGGCUCCAGGCUUCGUCGGGCGAAUGGCAUAUCAUAGAGAUGGGUGGCCGUGCGGCAAAGGUCUUUUGCAGCUACCAACUGAAGUGGCAACUUCAAGACUCAGAAACCAUCUACGUUGGAAGUGCACUCGUCCCGACAUGAGUCCUUGCAAUCUUAUGUCUUGGUCUAGCUCUCUUCUCUUCCUUCUCCAAUAUGCCUUGCGCCGUCACACAACAGACUUUGAACCAAAGCCAAAAUUCCCGGAUAUCAAAAUAAUCAUGAUUGAUACCCGGGACUUCCCAGAACAGACAUUCCUUCGCGAUCUGGAUGCCUUGGAGUGGCUAUUUCAAGACCCAGACCCUGACCUCGGAAACCUCUACAACAAUAGAAAUGGCCGGUUUUACUUUGGAGAAUACCUCACUCAAGGAUUUCUGGAUAUCAAAGGCAAGUGUGUGGAGAUGACAAUGCAGCAGCUCGCUGAUGGGGGCCGUUUCAUGGUUAUAUGCCCUGCAUUGGUUAAUAAGCCGCAAAAUGAUUGGAGAUUCUGGGCAAAGGCUGUUUGCGACCUUCGGGAAGGUAUCGCAAGUAGCAAAGUUGCCGAUCAAAAGCAAUUUCGUACUGCCAUCUUCCUGGCCCGAGAUUGUGUCGGGGACCAAUUUCUUGUACCCUUUGCACUCAUGUUUUUGGGAUUGCAAAGCCGACAGGCUGAUAAUGCGGCGAUGGCGAAUGCCUUCCUCUCCCUCUUCACCGGGACGUAA